CCUUGAUUUCAGAGCAGCCGAUCUUCAUUCCGCUGCACAUGGAAAGGCAGAGGAGCAGGAACGGUCAGCGCUCAGAAGGUGACACGCGCUCAGGGAUUUUACGCGUAAAAUAAGGUGAUAUUUUUAUUUUUUUCACGGGACGCGAUUUAUUAUUGGACUACAGCAGAAUGUUAUUUGAGGAGGAAUGGACAUUUAAACAUUUGUAUAGGGAUUUCACUGUGCAUCAUCUAUAAACGGACACACAGUCUCUCCACUGAUGAAAAAUAAGCUGGAAGGGGCAUUUAUCCGGUGGAUGAGUUUUAAAGCUCUUUCUGCGCUCCUUUAACACAAAUUGCACAUUGGAUUACAUAAACACUGCUGAUAUCGCAGUUUAUGGAAACAGAGCUCAGGAGAAGACAGCUGAAUUUGGAGAAAAGGGUCUCUGGAGCUGGAGCGAGGGUCUGAAGGAUUUACAAUCUCCCCCUGGAUUUCCACUUUCAUGUCCGAAGUCUUUGGUUUAUGACAAUGGAUUAUUUGCUGUUUUUAUGCGGCUUUUUGCUGCCCCUGUCCUCGGCUGUUGAAGAAACACUGAUGGACACCAAAUGGGCCACCACUGAACUCGCAUGGACCUCACAUCCUGAAACUGGGUGGGAAGAAGUGAGUGGUUAUGACGAUGCCAUGAACCCCAUCCGAACAUACCAAGUGUGCAACAUUCGCGAACUUAACCAGAACAACUGGCUUCGCAGCGACUUUAUCCCUCGAAAGGACGUUCUCCGUGUUUACGUGGAGAUGAAGUUCACCGUACGAGAUUGCAAUAGUAUCCCCAACAUUCCAGGAUCAUGUAAAGAGACCUUCAAUCUAUUCCACUACGAGUCCGACUCAGAUUCGGCCACCGCCACCAGUCCUUUUUGGAUGGAGAACCCUUAUAUUAAGGUGGACACCAUUGCUCCGGACGAGAGCUUCUCUAUGUUGGAAUCUGGCCGGGUCAACACCAAGAUCCGCAGCUUUGGUCCACUUUCCAAGGCUGGCUUCUAUCUGGCUUUCCAGGACCUGGGCGCCUGCAUGUCUUUAAUCUCCGUCCGAGUUUUCUACAAGAAGUGUUCCACAACCAUUGCCAAUUUCGCCGUCUUCCCAGAGACGGCCACAGGAGCUGAGGCUACGUCACUAGUCAUUGCCCCUGGAACUUGUGUGGCGAAUGCUCUGGAGGUGUCUGUCCCUCUUAAACUCUACUGCAAUGGAGAUGGAGAGUGGAUGGUUCCUGUAGGUUCCUGCACUUGCAUGGCUGGGUUCGAGCCGGCAGUUAAGGACACACAGUGUCAGGCUUGCAGUCCAGGCACCUUCAAGUCCAAGCAGGGUGAAGGGUUCUGCUCCCCGUGUCCACCCAACAGUCGGACAAGUUCUGGAGCCUCCAGCAUCUGUUCCUGCAGGACCGGCUACUAUCGGGCGGACAAUGAUUCACCUGACUCAGGAUGCACCACCGUACCCUCAGCUCCACGCAGUGUCAUCUCCAUUGUAAAUGAGACGUCACUUGUACUUGAGUGGAGCGAGCCACGUGACCAAGGUGGAAGGGAGGACCUCCUUUACAAUGUUAUUUGUAAGAAAUGCCUUCCUGAGCGUGGUACCUGCACAAGAUGUGAUGACAACGUGGAUAUCUCUCCUCGCCACCUUGGGCUUACUGAGAGACAUGUGACGGUCAGAAACCUUCAGGCUCACACCCAGUACAGCUUUGAGAUUCAGGCCGUCAAUGGAGUCUCCAACAAGAGUCCAUAUACACCCCACUUUGCCUCUGUUAACAUCACCACCAACCAGGCUGCUCCCUCUGCAGUCCCUACCGUCCACCUGAUGGGGGCUUCAGCCAACGCCAUGAGUCUUUCCUGGCUCCCCCCUGAAAAACCAAAUGGCAUCAUCUUGGAUUACGAGAUUAAAUACCAUGAGAAGGACCAGGGAGAAGCUAUUGCCCACACCAUGACAGCCCAGCGUAGCUCGGCACGCAUUGAGGGUUUGAAGCCAGGCACACCGUAUGUUGUGCAGGUUCGAGCCCGAACGGUGGCAGGGUAUGGCCGCUAUAGCAUCCCUACUGACUUUAGCACCAACCACCAGGCCGAUCCAGACAAGACUCUACAGGAGCAGCUACCUCUCAUUGUGGGGUCUCUGACAGCAGGGCUGGUCUUCAUCAUUGUUGUUGUGGUUAUUGCCAUUGUCUGCCUCAGGAAACAACGCAAUGGCUCAGAAUCAGAAUACACAGAAAAACUGCAACAAUACAAAUCCCCUAUAGUCACACCGGGGAUGAAGGUCUACAUUGACCCAUUCACCUAUGAGGACCCGAAUGAGGCCAUCCGCGAGUUUGCCAAAGAGAUUGACGUUUCCUGUGUGAAAAUCGAGGAAGUCAUUGGCGCAGGUAACCAACACAAGCUCCUGAGCAACAGGGGGAAGACAGCUAGGCACACCCUGGCCAUACCUUUAGAGGACUUCACUCCAAGCGGAGAGUUUGGAGAAGUCUGCCGUGGCCGUCUGAAACUACCUGGACGGCGUGAGAUCAUUGUGGCCAUCAAGACUCUGAAGGCAGGCUACACGGAACGCCAAAGAAGGGACUUCCUGAGUGAAGCCAGCAUCAUGGGCCAGUUUGAUCACCCUAAUAUUAUCCGCCUUGAAGGAGUGGUGACGAAGAGUCGGCCAGUCAUGAUUGUCACUGAAUUCAUGGAGAACGGAGCACUGGAUUCCUUUCUCCGGCUAAAUGAUGGACAGUUCACAGUCAUCCAGCUCGUCGGUAUGUUGAGAGGCAUUGCAUCCGGCAUGAAAUAUCUCUCCGACAUGAACUAUGUGCACCGUGAUUUGGCAGCCCGUAACAUUCUGGUCAACAGCAACCUGGUGUGUAAGGUUUCCGAUUUUGGCCUUUCUCGUUUCUUGGAGGAUGAUCCCACUGACCCCACCUACACCAGCUCAUUGGGAGGAAAGAUCCCUAUACGCUGGACAGCACCAGAGGCUAUUGCUUACAGGAAGUUCACCUCAGCCAGUGACGUCUGGAGCUACGGCAUUGUGAUGUGGGAGGUGAUGUCAUAUGGUGAGCGCCCAUACUGGGACAUGAGCAACCAAGAUGUAAUCAAUGCUGUCGAGCAGGACUACCGACUGCCCCCACCUAUGGAUUGCCCAACUGCCUUGCAUCAACUCAUGCUAGACUGCUGGGUGAAAGAAAGAAACUUGAGACCUAAGUUCUCCCAGAUCGUCAAUACCUUGGACAAACUCAUUCGCAAUGCCGCCAGCCUUAAGGUGGUCACCAGCACACAUUCUGGGGCCUCCCAGCCGCUCCUCGACCGUUGUGUGCCUGACUACACCACCUUCACCACUGUGGGCGACUGGCUGGACGCCAUCAAGAUGAGCCGCUACCGAGACAACUUCCUUAGUUCUGGCUUUGCUUCUUUUGACUUGGUGGCCCAGAUGACUGCAGAAGACCUGCUACGGAUAGGUGUAACAUUAGCCGGUCACCAAAAGAAGAUUCUCGGCAGCAUCCAAGACAUGAGACUGCAAAUGAACCAAACGCUGCCCGUCCAGGUCUGAGAUGGGGGAGGAACUAUUCUAGACGACCCCAGACGCCUGAUCAUCUCCACUAAUCAGAUGAAACUGGCUUGCAGUGCCUCGGACAACUUUAUCCUUUCCAUUUUCCUGUAACGACUGCAUUAUUUUACACCCGACAGGAUUAGAUAAGAUUAUUUUGUACUUAUUUUUAAGAACCGAGAGGAAAGCCUAUAUCCCAUGCAUGCCUCGCAGCGACUGCAGGACGGGAUUCGCCCAAUCUCCAAAGCCACCCAUAAUGAAGUUCUCCCUGAAACUGACUCUGAGGGACGGACUCUCCCGGAUGAACAUUGCUUAUGGAAGAGAUACUCCUCUUAUAGUACACAUAACUUGAAUAUAAAGACAAAAACUAGAAGUGAAUAUAAAUUCACGAAAUUCGCGUUGGACACGAUUGCGCAGAAAUCCCUCCAGUGCUAGUAUGUUCUAUUGUGCGUGUGAUUGUGUGCUUAUUCCCCAUCUUCAUAUUGAAGGUGUUUUAUUUAAGGGCACAUGCCUCAAACGUACAGGAGGGAGAGGCACAGCCGAGGGCGAAAGAUCACGGAUGUCGCAGGACCGGAUUUAAGGAAGUUGCAUUUGUCCACCAGGUUUAAACUGAUAAAAGGACUUCUUAGAGUAUGCCUGGUGAACUCAGGAUGCUUUCAUAGUUUAAAAUAAAGGAUUCUCAGCUGUGUUUUCACAAUUUCAAUUGAUGUUUUCUUUUAUUCUCUUCUGUUGUUUUCCCUCACCCAGUUUUGUUUCUGUUCCACAAUGAGUUGACAUUUAGCUGGUCGGCAGUCAUUAUAUCAGGAUUCUUUAGCAGUUACAAAAGAGAAGGUCUGUGAUAAUCUGUACUACACUGCAAAAAA